AUGGCUUCUUUCCUGGUCCUUACUUUCUCCAGUGACACCUUCUACCGCAAGAAACAAGCCUUGUUUAGUGAUGUAAGCAGCGAGCACCGGGAAGAUAACUUGCGGGCCACAUACCCACCCAUAGGACGAGGUACAUAUGGACAGUCAUUGUCUGGUGCAACCAAUUGCAAUACCGUCAUUCAUAAAAGGAGUUGCUGUCUUGCUGCCCAUUCUAAGACCAGUCCUGCAAAGCCUAGGAUAAUGACAGUAAUAAAAGCAGAUGGGCAAUCACAUAAGAAGGUGACCAUUCUUUUGAACAGACACUGCACGCAGACAUUUGAGCAACUUGUUAGUGAUAUUGCAGAAGCUUUGGGACACCUCCAUGGCAAAAGUGAAUGUGUGAAGAAACUCUACACUUUGAAAGGGAAAGAAGUGAGAAGUAUUUCUGACUUCUACAGAGGAGAUGAUGUGUUUAUUGCUACUGGGAGAGCGCAGCUCACUCUGAAUGAUAUACAGAAAGUCUUAAGGGAACUCUACCCCAACAAUCCAUAUGCCCAAAGCUUGAUCCAGCGACACUGGUGUCAUUCUGAGAAGCCUCACCACAGAUGCAAUGAGAUGGGAUUAAAAGCAACUGCUGAGUCUGAGCAUACUGAGAUUGCCCCUUCUGAAAGACAAAUUGCAAAAAAGAUGGAAGAAGUCAGAGCCAGAGUGGGACAACAAGAAAGGGAAAAAGCUCGGAAAUGGGAACAGGAGAGGUGGGAAAGAGAGCGGAGGGAGCUGGAUGAGAAAGCAAGGCAACAGAAGAAGGAGAGAAGCUUUGACAGGGACAAAGAAGAAAUGGAGAAAUGGCAAAUCACCAAAAAGGAGAAGCAUAAACAAAAAGAGAACAAUAGAGAAACAGAGAAGGAUGUAGGAACAUGUGAAAGAGGAUGUAAAAGAACAGAAGAAAUAAAGAUGCUGCAUAUAGGAGGACCUGAAUGGGAAGAAGAUAAAAUUGAAGUCCCUAGUAAGCAAAAAAUGUCUUAUGAGGUUCAGGAAAUAGAAAGGAGAGAGGGAGCAAAAAACAGAAGUAAAUGGAAAGAAGAUAAAUGUGAUACAGAAAGAGAACAGCCAGUGAAAAAUAUAAGAGGGGGACAGAAGAAAAUUAAAGUGGAAGAAGGAUUAAAUAAAUGGGAGAAAGUGAAGUCUGAAAGACAGCAAGGACAAAUCGAGGAUCACCAAUGGAAUACAGAAGAUAAACUGCCUGGUAUAAGACAUGAAGUCUGUAAAAAUACAAAGCAAGAGGAUACAAGAAAAUGCUGUUGUGGCCAUGAAACAUCAAGGAAUGAGGAAAAACAAAUAUGGGGCGAUAAAGAAAUGGAAGAAACUCAAAAGAAACAUGUAAAAACUAUUAGAAUGGAACAACUUUUAAUGAGAAAAGACAAUAGCAUUCACACGAGAGAAACAGAGGUACUUGUGUCAAGACCACAACAACCAAAACCUCAAAGAGAAAUUGAACGUUAUUAUGAAAUUGGCAGAACUAUUGGAGAUGGUAACUUUGCUUUGGUAAAAGAAUGUCGGCUUAAGAAUACAGAGUAUGAGUAUGCAGUGAAAAUCAUUGAUAAAUCUAAGUUAAAAGGAAAAGAGAUUCUGAUCGAAAAUGAAAUUGCAAUUGUAAGGAGCCUUUCUCAUCCUAAUAUUGUGCGGUUCAUUGAGGAGUUUGAGACAGAAGAGGAGAUAUAUCUUAUUAUGGAGUACAUUCAUGGAGGAGAUCUAUUUGAUGCAAUUACAGAUAGUGUUAAAUUUACUGAAAAUAGUGCUGCCUUUAUGAUGAACAACCUUUGUGAUGCAUUAGCAUACAUCCAUAGCAAGAACAUUGUACACAGAGAUUUGAAACCAGAAAAUCUUCUUGUUCAGCACAAAACUGAUGGAAGCACCGUAUUAAAACUAGCUGAUUUUGGCCUCGCUCUGAAAGUGACCAACCCCAUAUUCACUGUGUGUGGAACGCCAACAUAUGUGGCUCCUGAGAUCCUCUCUGAGACAGGCUAUGGGUUAGAGGUGGAUAUGUGGGCCACUGGUGUAAUCCUGUAUAUCCUGCUGUGUGGCUUCCCUCCAUUUCGCAGUCUGGAGCGAGACCAAGAGGAAUUAUUUGAAAUGGUCCAACUUGGAGAAUAUGAAUUCCUCUCUCCGUAUUGGGACAGCAUUUCUGAUGGUGCCAAGGAUCUUGUGAGCAAGCUUCUGGUGGUGAAUCCCAGAAACCGGUACACCGCACAACAGGUCCUUCAGCAUGCUUGGAUUUGGUCAGCAGCCAAAAGGAAUACCCACAACUUGCAGAGGGAAGUAAGUAUGAACAUUGGGCAACAUUUCAGGCACUGCCGUCGUCAGGAGAUUCUGAGCUCUGCAACAUAGAGUCAGCACUUGGGCUGAAACUCCGAAGUGUCUCAAUUUCUAAUAAGUGG